AUGGAGAUCUUGCCCCUCCUCUGCUUUUUCUCUCUAGCAUCCUCUUCUGCUUUUCCUGCAGAUAUAAACAUGGAGCAAGAAGAAAGCAGGCAGCUAGCUCAGGCAUAUUUAAGUCAAUUCUAUACACUUGAAACAGAAGGGAGUCAUCUUGCUCAAAACAAGAGCAAAGUCCCCUUAGAUGGAAAACUCCGGGAAAUGCAAGCAUUUUUUGGGUUGACAGUGACUGGGAAACUUGAUUCUAACAUCCUUGAGAUCAUGAAGCAGCCCAGAUGCGGGAUGCCUGACGUGGGUCAAUAUGGUUAUAUUCUUCCUGGGUGGAGAAAACACAGCCUCACAUAUAGGAUAUUGAAUUAUACUCCUGAUAUGGAAGAAUCUGAUGUGGAGGAAGCAAUCCAAAAGGCUCUAGAGGUGUGGAGCAAGGUGACCCCACUGACAUUCACGAGGAUUUUCAAAGGCAUUGCUGACAUCAUGGUUGCUUUUAGGACCAGAGCCCAUGGUAAGUGCCCUCGACAAUUUGAUGGUCCAUUGGGAGUCCUGGGCCAUGCUUUUCCUCCUGGCUGGGGAAUUGGUGGAGAUACUCAUUUUGAUGAGGAUGAAAACUGGACCAAAGAUUCAAGUGGUUUCAACUUGUUUCUUGUAGCUGCUCAUGAGUUUGGCCAUUCCCUAGGCCUCUCUCAUUCCAAUGACCCAAGUGCCUUGAUGUUCCCAAAUUAUGCCUUCAUCGAUCCCAGCAAAUCUCCCCUUUCUCAGGAUGAUAUCAAGGGUAUUCAGGCCAUCUACGGAUCCUCGCCCAAGGUAUCUGCUAAGCCAAAGAGACCCACUAUCCCCCAAGCCUGUGACCCUAAUCUGACUUUUGAUGCUGUCACCACCUUCCGCAGAGAAGUAAUAUUCUUUAAAGACAGGCAUGUGUGGAGAAUUUAUCAUGAAGUCUCAGAUAUUGAAUUUGAACUAAUCUCUUCAUUUUGGCCAUCUCUGCCAGAUGGUAUUCAAGCUGCAUAUGAAAAUGACAGGGAUGAAACUCUGAUUUUUAAAGAUGGAAAUUUCUGGAUGAUCAGUGCAUCUGCCAUUCUGCCAGGUUAUCCCAAGCCUAUCUACAACCUUGGCUUUCCAAGGCACACAAAAAAUAUAGAUGCUGCUCUCUUCAACAGAAAUACAAGAAAAACCUAUUUCUUUGUCAAAGAUAAGUACUGGAGAUAUGAUGAAAUCAACCAAAAAAUGGAAAAAGGUUAUCCUAGAAGGAUAGCAGGAUUCUUUCCAGGAAUUAGUCUCCCAGUUGAUGCUGCAUUCCAGCAUAAUGGAUUCUUCUAUUUCUUCAGUGGAACAAAGCAAUUUGAGUUUAACCCUGAAACCAAGAAUAUCACUCGAGUUUUGAAGGCCAACAGCUGGUUCAAGUGUCAAGAAGCCUUACACUCUUUACCUUAUUAUGGUGUCAGCCAAGAAAAAAAUUCAGAUUCAAAAUCAGUGCAAAUGAUUUCUCAACAGAGUUUUAUAUUGCUUAUUUACUGUAUUGCUCAUCUGCUGACAGAAAUCUACAGCAGCUGA